AUGCCGAUUCAAAACACUUUGCAUCAUGGUGUGGUUGCUCAUUCAUCUUCAAACAUGUACAACAACAACAUGAGCAACAGCAUCAACACCAAACAGAAGAAACCUCUGGGAAUGAGAUCAUGUCAUACUAGCAGGAGCAUUUCCAAAGAAGACUUGUUGCAGCAUUUGUGUCGCACCAACCCCACUGAGACUCAUAACGGAACCUUCAUAAAGAUGCAUCACUGUGGUUCGUGGGAAGAAUGGUUGAAUGAACAUGUUCAACAAGUAGCUGUUUUAAAUUUAACUCAAAAAGAUAAUAACAAGAACUACAAAAAUUCAAGUCAGCAACCCUGCCUUCCUAACUGCAUUCAAUUACAGAUGAACAAGUUUCAUCACUUUGUAAAUACGAAUUUUCCAAUUUUGGAAAAACAGAAUUCUUCGCCGGCGACCAUAAUUCUUGAGCAUGUCAAAACUGUGGGUGUCAUUCAUCACUUUAAAACUCGAGAUCAAUCCACUACAACAUAUACUCCUCCUGAUUUGACUAAAAAGGAAAAGUUGUUAAAAUUCGUUGCUUCAGAAGAAUUUGGAGUAGCCUCCAUGAUAUGUCCUCCUCUCUUACUUGCUCAUUGGUAUGGAGUUUACAGACAAGAGAGUUUACUUUUAAAUUGUGCUCAAUACGUUGCAAGUGGAUGGAGACUUGAUCUCGAAUCAAAACUCUUGCAUACCAUUGCCACACUUUACAAAUAUCCCAAGAGUGUUAAAACUCGAGUUGACAACAAUCAAGAUCUUGAACAGUUCUAUCCUAGGACCAUGAUUCUGAAAAGUGUGAGUUUGGAAGAAAUUAUGAAAGAUGGAUUCACAAUUCGAAACGUGCAUGUGAAGUCAAAUUCUAGAAAUCUUCAAGAACGGAAUUCCAAAACAAAUAUUGUCUAUCAUCUUUGUUGUGGAGCGAGUAGUGAUAAGGAAAGUGAGACUACAGUGCUGUGUUCCUUCGUUCAUGAAGAAUAUGCGCUCAGCAUGUGUCAAUUACUCGUUUCACUGUUGACACUUGCAUUCCCAUGCUGUGAAAUUCCACGCACAACGUUCAAGAGCCACCAUGAGACGAAUGCAAAUUCAUCCCUUCCUCAAACUUGUUGUGAAGAGUCGAAUCAUGAUCAAGAAUCAGCCAUUCAUUACCAUUCCUUCCAUUUCCAACACUUGAAUGAUUCUUCCUUCAACACUACUCCUCCUCAUACACGAUAA